CAUGCCAGUUUUGAACAGCGUCUUUUACUGCUGUUCUAAUGAUCUAAACUAAGUGUACCAACACCUGGAAUAACCAUAAUAUAUUAAAACAAAUGAACGAGAGCUUUUUGUGGUUAAUUAUGAUCUUAAGGACAUUAUCUGGUUUAUCGGUGAGGGCUGGGCACUUCUCAGGACUGGUGCGACACCAGAGCACACUGCACUUACACUUCAAUGAGACCGGAAAUGUGGGACUGAUUAUCAAAUCUUCUUCUGCUGAUAUAUUUGAGAACCUGGCACUGGAGGACUGGAUCCACGAUCGAAUCGACAUGCAGAAUCGGAGCAUACUGCUGUUAUGGAGAAAUGCUUCAGCUGUGGUUAUAGGGAGGCACCAGAACCCCUGGCAGGAGUGUAACCUUGGUCUGCUGAGGCGCAUGGGCAUCCCGGUGGCGAGGCGCAGGAGCGGAGGAGGCACUGUCUACCACGAUAUGGGCAACUUAAACAUGACUUUCUUCACUUCUAAAAAGAAAUAUGAUCGACAUCGUAAUCUAGGAGUUGUAACUGGAGCUUUGAAGGAGCUCAGACCUGAUCUGGAUGUCCGAUCUACUGACAGAUUUGACAUUGUGCUUGACGGAGUGUACAAAAUUUCCGGCACUGCAGCCAAAUUGGGCAGAACUUCAGCAUAUCAUCAUUGCACCUUGUUAUGUUCUGCAGAUCGCUCUGUUCUCUCAUCUGUCCUAAAAAGCACAUGUCCUGGUAUUAAAAGCAAUGCCACAGCCAGCGUGCCAGCCCCUGUUACGAAUCUUUUUGAUCAGGACCCAACUCUAGAUCCCAGUACCAUCAUGAGUGCCAUUGCUUCACGCUACAAUAAGGAGUUUAGUCUCAACAGCCCGGUCAUUACAAUAGACCCAGGCGUAGAAGCACAAAUGCCUGGAAUUCAACAAAUGGCCUCCGAACUGAAACAGUGGGAUUGGGUUUAUGGGAAGACCCCCAAAUUCAGCAUCUCUACAUCUCUAAUAGUGGACAAAACCAACAUUGGAUUUAAUGUAGACAUUAGGAAUGGAAUAGUAGAAAAGUUUGUCAUUGAUACACCUGAACAGUGGCUGCCUCAGGACAUUGUGAAUGAGCUUUGCACCACCUUGACAGGCAUCCGGUUCAGUCCGAAUGAAUUUGCAGUUGCUGUAGCUGCUUUAAUCAGGACUACCCUGGUUGUUCUGACGGAAACCUGUUUACCCUUUAAGACUGCAAGUCGAGACUGCAGUGCCAACAAUGUUGCUCCUACUAGAUGGGAUGGAAACCUGCCGUGCUUGCACCAAAAAUGUCCAGAACUUACAACGGACAUUAUCACAGACUGGACUGAACAAUAAAGAACUCCAAUGAUUUUUUGCUAGUUACAACUUUCAGUUCAAUUCAAUUUUGUGUUUGUAUAAUUUGUGUAAAUCCUAUUUAUUUAAAGUAUCCUCCAGGCCACCCAAAGAGGAUGGGUCCCUGCUGAGUCUGGUUCCUCUAAAGGGUUCUUCCCGUAAUUUUGAAGGAGUUUUUCCUUGCCACUGUCGCCCUCGGCUUGCUCAAUAGGGGUUUUUUGUCUGUUGGUCCUGGAUUCUGUAAAGUUGCUUUCAGACAACGUUCAUUGUAAAAAGCGCUAUAUAAAUAAAUUUGACGUGACUUGACUUAAC